GGCAUAGGAGGAGCUUGCUGCUUAAGUAGGCUGCCAAUCAGUCAGUCAGCUCCACAUCCAGGAGCUCCCGCGGCCAGACGCACGCAUCAGUCCGCGCGCGAGGUGCCAAACUGCGGCUCAGAGACAGCCCUGUGAGCGGAGAGGCUGACACUUUCCAACAACAAAAAAAGGAGGGGUAUCUUCUACUUAAGACAGACCCCUUCUUUUCCUUUGCUCUCAUCUUCUUCUUUCUGAGGACUUCUCUAUUUCUUUUUUUAUUUUUUAUUAUAAUCUUCAUUGCUGUUAUAGUUUUACCACUUUAGAGGAGGAUUUUAUUAUUUUUAUUUUUCCGCGCGCGUUUCUCCCCCCCGGACAUGUCUUUCCCUCAGCUGGGGUUCCCCCAGUUUCUCAGUGCCUCCCAUCAUGAGGUGUACGGGAGCGAGCGGCCGGCCUCUGCCCGGGAGGGAGGCACCGAGGGCGGCGUGAGCUCCUCAGCCGCAGCGGCUGUCGGCUCUAUGCUGGGGGUGUACGGAAGCCCGUGGGGCCCGAACUACAGUGCCUUUCUGCCGUACAGCGGUGCCUCAGACCUCGCGCUCAUUUCCCAGAUGGGCUCCCAGUACGAGCUGAAGGAAAACCCGGGGUCUCACCCAGCACCCCUGCCUGUCCACGCCGCUCAAGGUUUCUACCCGUACGGCCAGUACCCGUACGGAGACCCGUCAAGGGCCAAGACGGCCACCAGGGAGACCACCAGCACCCUGAAGGCCUGGCUGCAGGAGCACCAGAAGAACCCGUACCCCACCAAAGGAGAGAAGAUCAUGCUGGCCAUCAUCACGAGGAUGACUCUCACACAGGUAUCGACGUGGUUCGCGAACGCCCGCAGACGCCUCAAGAAGGAGAACAAGGUGACCUGGGGCCGCAGCGCCGAGGACCGGGACGGACGCAUCUUCAGCAGCGACAACGAGGACGAGCCGGGCAAGAACGGGAGCGACGAGGAGGAAGAAGACGAGGAGAUCGAUUUGGAGACGGUGGACAUCGAGAGGCCCGAGGAGCGGGGCGCCGGGAAGGGAGAGGGGGCUGCGGGCCUGUCUCUCAGGGAGCAGGCCUCGGAGAGCAACAGGACGCUUUCAGCGGAGGGCUUGCGGGGAGGGGAGGCCGCUGUCAAACUCGCCGUGGACCGUUCCCCGGGCAGACAGGAGUGUCAGCGAGCCCCGCAGAGCAAACCCAAAAUCUGGUCCCUGGCCGAGACCGCCACGGCUCCCGACAGCUCGAAAAAACCCUCCGCGGCGGGCUACGCUCACCACGCGGCGUUGGCGCCCGCCAGCCACCCGGCUUUGCUCCCGGGUCACGGAAUAUACACGUGCCAGAUUGGCAAGCUGCACAACUGGGCCAACGCGGCCCUGCUGAAUGCCAACUCGCUUUUGAACAUGAGGUCGCUCCUCGGCGGCGCACCGGCCGGACACCUGCCUCUCCAAGGCGCGGUGCCGGCUGCGCGUCAGGACGCACGGCACGCGGCGGCGGCGGCUGCUGGCGCGGAGACGUCAGGGACGGAGGAUGUCAGCGAUGUUGAGUCAAUGGGAAGCUUGAGUCCAAAAAGAGAUGAGGGAACAAUUUGUAAGGAUGAGACAUCAGGAUGUUUCCAGAAAAAAAUGAGGAAAGGGACCACAGGCCUGAGUCCCUGAAGUCCCCAUUCCAACUGAUCAGUGACAG